AUGGCAGACACCAAUGAGAUGACAAUCAACCUUGUUGUCCUUGGAAAAACUCAGACUGGCAAGAGUGCUUCUGGGAACAGCCUGCUGGGCAGCUCAGACUUUGAGAGCCGUCGCUCCCCAAGCUCUGUGACUACAUGCUGUAGCCUUGGACGCAGCUGUCGCAUUUUGGGGAUUAUGCGAAGAAAUGGCUGCGAGCUGGCUCUCCGCGUUCGAGUACUUGACACUCCAAGCUACCCUCACAGUGCUCUGAGCAAGGAGCAGGUGAGAGACACGGUGGCAUCAGCCCUGGCUCACCACUUCGGGGAGGAAGGCCUGCACCUGGCUCUCUUGGUCCUGCGGGCUGACUUGCCUCUGUGUCCGGAUGAGAGUAAUGAUGCAGUUCAGUUCAUCCAGGAACUUCUGGGUCCCACAUGGAAGGAUUUCACUGCAGUUUUACUUACUCAUGCAGACAAGGCAGAAGAAGCUGGAUGCAGUGAAGAAACAUACUUGCACAGUGCCUCAAGUACUCUGUUGUCACUUUUGAGCUCAGUACAGCAUAAAUACAUUUUCCUAGACAACCAGAAGAGCAUAACUAAAGAGGAAAGAACCAUUGUCUUAAGAAAGCUCUUGAAUUUUAUAAGACAAAAUAAUUAUCAAGUGCUUUUACUUAAAAACAGCAAGGAAUAA